UUGUGCUCUCAUUCUCUGUUAAUUAACAUAAUAACCUCCUUAUAGUAGCAUCACCGAGGGUCUGCACCAUUAAAGCGUGUGGUUACGCUGACAGUGGAGGGGUUGGUCACAGCAUGACCACAUGUUAUUUCUCAGAGUGAAGCAGCAGCUCUCAGCCUGAAACCUUUUAUAUAUAUAUAUAUAUAUAAUGCUGCAGAGAUGAUUCUGGAGGGCCGUUAGUUGAUUUGAGUCUGAUCUGAAAUGAAAAUGAGUAACCUGACUAGAAGUUUGCUAGUUGAUAGUGAGUCAGGCCAUUUGCGGGACAUCGAGGGGAGAGGGUCACAUGAGGUGAUGGCUGCUCAGUGAAAAUUCAGGUCAAGCCACAAAAGAAGAAGAAGAAAAAAGCAGUUCACAGCGCUUAUAAUUUUGGGUUGUCUUAGACAGAGACAGUGGCGGAGAAAGAGAGAGAGGGAGAGAGAGAGACCAAACAAAAGAUACGCCAGUCCUUAAGAACCCUGCUGACGACGCACUAUAGCCCGUUUUUUUGUUUAUCUCGCUUUAUCUGGGCGCCACUGGCAAAUACUGUCACCUCCCUUAACCCACAUGACAGCUAACAGCGAGUUAUCAGAUGAGUGAUCACCAUUUUGAAGUUGUUCUGCAUUUGAGUCAGAUGCUUAAGGAGAAACAAGACCCUCAGUUAGUGUAGAAGGUAACACAAAUGUAGGGGGGGGGGGGCAGUACCACUCUAGACUGUUUUGGAACGUUUAGGCUCAAUAAUCAGUUAAGAGUCAAAAUAUAGAGAGCCUGUGCUGCUCAUGGAAACAGUCUGGGGGAGGUGAAGUGGAGCUUGGAGGGCGCUUGCUUAGGUGCACUGUAGACAUGGUAGAGAUCAGUGGGGUCCCAGGGAGCUUUUGAGAGUUCAUAAAUGACUCAUCACUUGACAUUUCUGAUAAAGGAGUAAAAUGUGACUGCGAGAUAGCUCCAACUGUCAUACCUACUCAAUCUCACUCAGGGGUCUGGAUGAUCUGCUCUCGCCUGUGAUCCUCUUCUUCGGCUGCACACAGGUGUGUCUUAAGACGGAUGGUGAUUGCUGAUAGUGUACCUAUAAGGACUGAACACUAAAUCUUGGUCCUGUGAAGCUGUGCCCGGCACCUGGUGUUGAAGAGGUAACUUUGGAGGGGUGAAGACCCAAAGGUCCGAAGAUGAGGGUCUUCUGGAUUACUGUUCUCCUGUGGAACCUCAACCUCCCCUUCCUCCACUCACUCACUUGUGAUGAGCGCAAAGAGUAUCAAUGGCCUUCUGGAUCUCCCAACAAGUGCUGCAACAAAUGCAAACCAGGUGAGAUCAUGGCAGCUAGAUGCCGCGAAGGGUCCAGAAAUACAGAAUGCAAGCCGUGCAGCAAAGGAAUGUAUAUCAGUGUGUACAAUGCCUUGUCGCGUUGCGAUGCAUGCCAGACUUGCGGACUUGGCCAGGAGGAGCUCAAAGCUUGCACUACAUCGACAAACACUGAGUGUCGCUGCAUGCCGGGUCACAGGUGCAUAGAUGCUGACUGCUCAGACUGUGUAGAAGAGAGACCAAAAGUAACAACUACAACUAUAACUACCCCCCCAACAACUACAACCGUGUCAACAACUACAGAUGUCAAACAACCAGAAUGGACAACUCUCGCCAAAGAGCCAGAUGAUGCAGCAGUGCUUCUUCCAGUGGUGUUGAUAGUCUGUGUGUGCAUUCUCCUCCUCAUCAUUGCCACUCAGCUCAGAAAGCUGGAGCCACUUGGUUGCUGCACAUUUGAUGAUUCGUCAUCAAAGGACACACAGAGUACAGAAGAAGAGACUUUGCGCUUGCCUGAAGUGUGUACAGACCUCCAGGAAGUAUGGAUAAAAGAUGGAUCCGAUCAUCUCAAUGGACAAGUGACAGAGGGAAUUUUGUGUUGAACAUAAACAUUGAAUUAUAUUCUAAUACACACACACACACACACACACACACACACAUACACAGAGACAGACACACUUGCACGCACGCACGCACGCAUACACUCAUGCGCACAUGCAAAUGUAAAUGUAAAAUGUAAUGUAAAAUUAUAAGUUAGAGGUUAUCCUGUAUCUGUUUUCUUUCAAUUGGGACACUGUCUUCAGAAUGUCAAUUCAUUUCUGACAUUUGCACUAAAUUCUCUUCACGAUAGUACAAUUGCAUACCAAUUUGUGACCUUUUUUCCGGUGUAUAAUUCAACCAUUGCUUUGUGAAUUCCUUUCAAAUGAAUGGCCCUACAGAAACAAUGUUUUCAAUGUAAAAAAAAUAUUUUAGGUCACUCUGCCCAUAGACUAUCUUCAGAUGCUCAGAUGAUCAACAAACUAUCUGUUGAAACUCUGUUAACUGCAAUCUAUGGUUAGGGGAUAGGGGUUGGAUUUGGUUAAGAUGAUGUUCAGUACUGUAAUUGUUCAACAAUAUUUUUACAUACGGAACUUGAAUGUCAAUAGAUGAUCUCUGAAGUCUCUGUGGGUUGACUAUCCAAGUCAAAGUGUUCAAUCAAUGUGUUACCUAAUUGUAUUAUAGCUACACUAUAUCAAGCCCUUGGUGAUCUAAGAAUGCCAGUGGUAAACAGAGGACAAAGAAUAUGUUACCUCACCAAGGAUAGGUUCGG